GGACUGAGAGACCGAUACGAGACUCUGAGAUGUUGGAUCACCAACAAAUAAAUACAAGAAAUACAUUCAGUACGUAAAUCUCACGCAGGUUAAAACUCCACUUCAUCCUCGAAGAGUAUGUUGAAAGCUUUGAUUGGACUUUGCACCCUUCAUCUCACAACUAUCUUUUUACUUUUUUGGGCCACUAUUGAUGAUGCUUGGUGGUUUACAAGAACCCUGUACACAGACCUGUGGGGUAGAUGGGUGAUGGAGAGAAAUGAUGAUGUCUGGGUUUACAUGGAUAUACCAACAUCUUACCGAAAAGAUUACUUGCAGGCAGUGCAGGCCUUUGCAGUGUUGGCCUGCCUCUUUGCGGUCAUCUCCCUGUGUGUGUUCCUAGUUCAGCUCUUUACACUGGGGAAAGGAAAGAGGUUCACAAUCUCUGGAGUUCUGCAGCUUCUGUCAUGCUUCUGUAUUAUGGUGGCCUUGUCAGUCUACACGGAUCACUUCCACAGAGGAGAGAAGGAUGGCUGGUAUGGCUGGUCGUAUAUCAUGGCUUGGUUUGGCUGGCUGCUCACAUUAAUCAACGGUGCCAUCUACGUGAUCCUGCGCAAGAGGGUGGAUUAAAUCAGGAAACUAUGUAAAGUAAGAACAUGAAAGCUAGUCAGGGCGAGUUAGCAAGAGUGAUCAUGCUGAUAGAUUCUUGUGAUUUUCACCUGCUGUUAGUUUAAUUAUCUGUUUGGAAUAAGAAUUCCUUUUUGUGUAGUUCCAGACUAAAAAGAUUUUUAACAGAGAAUUUGAAUCGCCAGACAAAACAAAGACUAGUUCAGAGAAAAAUACUUCAAGCCAUGACGUGCUUGAGAUGUUCAUAUCAAAUCGUCAAAAAGUUUUAUAUAUAUAUAUAUAUAUAUAUAUAUAUAUAUACACACUGUACAAAUUAUGGGUCAUUGUACCCCAAACCCCAUGUGUUAUACUGUAUAAACUGAGCUUCUUUAGACUGGGAGAGUGAUUGAGAUGAAGGAAUUUAAUACAAAGUUUAUGAAAAAAGGGUGUAAAGAAAAUUCAUCAUAUUAUAUAUAGUCACAGGUGUGUAAAUAUAUAAUAUAAAGUCAGAAUAUAUAGACAGACGCUGUAAAAAUAUAGUUUUGAAAGUGAUAAAAGAAGGACUUCAAAAAAGUUUGAUCAGAUCAACUGAUUACUUGUAAUUUUGAUUAUUUUGUCUUGGCAUUUUACUUUUCUUUCGCUCUCUUUUGUGUAUUAUGGUUUCUUGUAUUUGCCAACAUAUCAGUGCACACUGCACAAGUCUGGGAUCACGACCAAUAGAAUUAUAAGACUCAUCUAUAUCCAUUUAUAGUCUGGUGCUGUAACAUUUUGUGUCUCAAUUAGUCAACGCAGUAUCUAUAGUCUAAGGUAUCUGAAUUCAUCAAACCAUACAGAAGAAAACGUAUGGUUUCCAGAUGGAUAAAGAACUCACCAUCUUUUAUGGGUGUGGUUCUGAAGAGAACUGAUGUUAUGAAAGCUUAUUAAAUGUUGCUGUAUUUUUAUGCACUAAAUCCUGGUUUUUGGAAGGAAAGAAGGAAUUACCAUUCAUAGUUGGUUUAAGUGGGAAAUGAUAAGGUUAGUAAAACCUAUGGGUGAAACAUUGAUGCUCACUGAUGUUCCAGGAAAGAGGUUCAAAGAGUACAAUUUGCUGUAAGUGAUUAGAUGAGUCAUAUGAGUGUGUCUGGGAUCACAAGUGUACAUUACGGUUUAUGAUAAGUCAUGUAGGAAAAGUUUGAUGUAAAAAAUGUAAAUAAAAGACGCGUCAAUAAAUCAC